GCCUUCUUUUUCACACUCUCUCUCUCACUCUCUCUCUCUGAAAGAAAAAAAAGCCAUUGAAGCUUCUCCCUCUCUCUACUUUUUCUCUCUCUAGAAAAAGGAAAAAGCUGCAUUAUCGUUAAAAAUGGCAGCCAAUGCAGCUCAAAGCUUUGAAAUUUGCUACACUUGAUUCAUUUCGCAGCUAAAGCUUCAAGCUUUCAGAGCUACUCCACCCUCUCUCUCUCUCUCUCUUCAGCGAGCUGCUGCUGAACUCUCAGAUCUUCAGUCUGAAUCCGAACAGUUCAUCCUCACAAUUCCCAGAAAUUAAAAUUUUCAAAAUUUCUUACCUUUGUAGUUGUUGCUGUGAGAGAUCCAUGUCGUCGGAUAUAAGCUAGAAUUUUCGAGGUUUCCGUACAAGUUAAUGGCUGAAUGCAGAGACUGUAACGAGACCUCUGACUCUGUAUUUAUAGGGUUUGGAAUUGAGAGUCUGUGAAGGGGGUUGAGGAAAGCGUGGUGUAUUGGCAGCGGAGCACGGAGGUUGCGGUUAAAGAGUGAGGGGGAAUGGGGCCGGAUCGGUUGCUGUUAGCGGCGGUAGGACCGCCGAUAAAGCGGCGAGCGGGGCUACGGAGGAAGCAGGCGGGUAGAGGGUCGUAUAGGGGAAGUUAGAGCACGAAAUUAGGCGCCAAAAUUGCCAAAAUUAAAAUUUUGGGUUGGGGUUUUGUUUGUUUGGGUGUUUAUUGUUUAGAGGCUGAUUAGGAAUACUAAAAAAAAAAAAAAGCUUUGGAGUUGGGAGGAGGAGAUGGGGACUGACUUGCAUCAUAUUCUGAGAAGCCUCUGCUUCAAUACAGAGUGGAACUAUGCCAUUUUCUGGAAACUCAAGCAUCGAGCUCGAAUGGUACUGACUUGUGAAGAUGCUUAUUAUGACAACUAUGAGCAACAUGAUUCUUCCGAGAGUAGGAAGACUCUGGAUAAAUUGCAUGAUAGCGAUUAUUCCCACGAUCCCCUUGGGCUAGCUGUGGCUAAAAUGUCGAAUCACGUAUAUACUCUGGGGGAAGGGAUUGUUGGACAAGUGGCGGUUACUGGGGAGCAUCAGUGGAUUUAUGCUGAUAAUCAUGUUAAGAAUAACUAUUCACCAUUUCAGACCAUUGUUGUUGUGGCUGUUGUUCCGCAUGGAGUUAUACAGCUUGGUUCUUUAAAUAAAGUAGCUGAAAAUGUGAGGCUGAUAUCUCAAAUCACAGAUGUUUUUAGGACUCUUCAAGAUUCCCCAGUAGAGGAUAUCCGUAAUCCAAAGCAGUCGAGCAUAAACAGUUCAGUAUGCUCGACAAAUAUAUCUCCGGAAGGUUUGGCUUCAGGGGUUCUUGAUUGCGUAAAUAAUUUAGAUACAGCCACAAACAGAGAAAGCUCAGAAAUUUGGUCGUCCAUUUUUCCACAUCUUGGGAAAGACAGUGAUAGUUCUUACGUUUUUCCAUUGCCUGAAAAUUGUCUGAAAAAGGCAGUUGAAUUGGUUAAUAACCAUGGAGGACUUGAGUCAUCGAACUUAGGGUGCCUUGAGAUUGGCAAACUACCUCAGUCAAAAUCAAGCGCUCUCAGUAUGGAGCAUUGCAAACUAGUAGGUGUAGAAUUACUUAAUAGCAGGAAGCGUAAAGGGGAGACUAGUGGCUGCAAAGAUACUGGAAUGGCCUCGAUGAUCUAUGCCCAUCCAUUAUCACAUGAUCCUGUCAAAGAAAUUGUUAAUUUAGGUGAUUUUGCAGACUUACCUACAACAUUUCUCAACACUGCUGGACAUGAAAGGAGUAAUGCAGACAUGGUAGAUCUUCACCAUAAUGAGGUGUUGCAUGUAAGGGAACACUCAGUCAUUAAGUUUCAGAAGGGCCUGGAAAACUUGGAGUUUCAAACUGAAUCAGGUCACAUGGACACAUCUAGUACAUCAAUGACCUUCCCUGCUGGCUGUGAGCUGCAUGAAGCACUUGGACCAGGUUUUCUGAAUAAGGGUAACUAUUUUGAUUGGGUAGUGGGGAAGAACGGAGAUAGAAUUACUCCUGAGAUGCCUGAGGGGAUGAACACUAGCCAGAUGACAUCUGAUGCUUGUCAAGAGCACCUUCUUGAAGCAGUAGUGGCUAAUGUUAGCCAAAGUGGCAGUCUUGUUAAAAAUGAAAAAUCUUUCUGUAAAUCAAUGCAGUCUCUUUUGACAACUGAAAAAUAUCCAGAGCCUUCUAGCCGUACUACCCAUACAGUUGAUUCAGAAAACUAUUCCGUUGAUCAGCCCUCUCUUAUGGCAGAGGACACACAACAAUGCUUGAGCUCUUCAGGGGUAUGCGGGGUGAUAUCCCCAAAAUGGUUUUCAUCACCUUGUCCAAGUGGUUGUAGUGAGCAGCUGGAGAGGUCUUCUGGACCAUCUAAAAAUAGCAAGAGGGCAAGACCUGGUGAGAAUUCUAGACCUAGGCCAAGGGACAGGCAAUUGAUCCAAGAUCGUAUUAAGGAACUGCGGGAGAUAAUACCUACUGGAGCAAAGUGUAGUAUUGAUUCACUGCUGGAGCGCACAAUCAAGCACAUGGUCUUUCUACAAAGUGUCACUAAGCAUGCAGACAAACUGAAUAAAUGUACUGAUGCAAAGUUGUGUCCGAAGGAAACAAGCAUGCUAGGAUCCUCCAAUUAUGAACAUGGAUCAAGCUGGGCAGUGGAGGUGGGUGGCAAUCUGAAAGUUUGUUCAAUAAUAGUGGAGAAUCUCAACAGGAAUGGCCAGAUGGUUGUAGAGCUGAUGUGCGAAGAAUGCAGUCAUUUUCUAGAGAUAGCUGAAGCUAUCAGGAGCUUAGGUCUGACGAUCUUAAAAGGCGUGACAGAAGCCCGUGCUGACAAGACAUGGAUAUGUUUUGUGGUUGAGGGGCAAAACAACAGAAGCAUACACAGAAUGGAUGUUUUGUGGUCCCUUGUCCAGAUGUUGCAGCCCAAGAAUCCUGCGCAACUGUUAUAGCUUGUCUCGCUCUCGGAGUCUGUAGGUUAUUUUGUAAAUUAUGGUGAGUCGUUUGUGAUUUCUGAUUGCCAAUUACGGUUUUCUUCUUCAUUUGUUUGAACACACCUUUUAAUUGAAAAGAACAAGAGUGAAAAGCGCUUGGAGCAGUUUGCCCCCUUUCUUUGUUUA